AUGAAAAAGCUCGCCGUUGUCGCGUUUGUCAGCGGCUCUCUGGCCGCCUUUUUCGAGGCGUCCGGCCUUUCCGCGCGGGAUUCUGCCGCGGUUGCUUGCUCCGACGUCGGCCGCAAGACUUGCGGCGCCGUCUGCAUCGAGCCGUCGGACACGUGCUGCCCCGACGGGUCGGGCGGGUGUCCGGCCGGUUCUGUCUGCUGGCUGGGGGACAACGACAGGUACGGCUGCUGCGUGGCCGGGGAGACGUGCGAGGGCCCGGGUGGCUCCGACAUCACGACCGUCGCCGCUCCCGGGGCAACCGACGCGAGCGCGGGGGAGACGGGUGCCGCCGAGGCCACGGAAUCGCCGCCGGCAGCCGGCUCUGGCUCUGGCUCCGGCUCCGUUGGCACCGCGACUGCCGCCCCGAAGGCGACUGCGAACGCGACUGCGAACGCCAGCGUUACGCGGGCCGCUCCCACCGCAUUGAGCCCUUCCGUUACGGCUGGCGCCGCGGCCAAUGGCCUCGCUGGCUCCGGCUUGCUGGGCGUCGUGCUUGUCGUUUUGUCUGCUCUUGUUUAG